AUGCGCGUUCAUUACUCUGCUUUAGAGGGAGACAUGGCGACGUCCCUGAUCUGCGGCCGUUUGACGGCUAGCCUGAGAAAUUCAGGGGCCAGAAACACUAUCAGCUCCGCUUCCAAGGUUCUCGGUGGGUCUUCUGGUCUUUUUGGAGGCCAUGUGUCCCAGCUGCUGCCCCCCCACCAGCAGCAGCAGCAGAGGAACCUCUCUCUACAUGAGUACAUGAGCAUUGGUCUGCUGAAAGACGCCGGUAUUGCUGUGCCAGCUGGCAUGGUGGCCAGCUCCUCAGAUGAGGCCUACGCUGUGGCCAAGCAGAUAGGUACCAAGGACCUGGUGGUAAAGGCUCAGGUGCUGGCUGGUGGCAGAGGGAAGGGGACGUUUGAGGGCGGACUGAAGGGAGGAGUGAGGAUCGUCUACUCGCCAGAAGAGGCCCGAGACAUUUCAUCCCAGAUGAUUGGUCGAAAGCUGUACACCAAGCAGACCGGAGAGGCGGGUCGUAUCUGCAACCAGGUGUUUAUCUGCGAGCGCAGGUACCCACGCAGAGAGUACUACUUCGCCAUUACUAUGGAGAGGUCCUUUCAGGGCCCCGUGCUGAUUGGCAGCUCGCAGGGGGGCGUGAACAUUGAAGAUGUUGCAGCGGAAAAUCCAGACGCCAUUGUGAAGGAGCCAAUCGACAUUGUGGAGGGCAUCAAGAUAGAGCAGGCUAUCAAGGUGGCUCAGAAGAUGGGCUUCCCAGCUGCACUGAUCAACGAGGCAGCAGAGAAUAUGGUCAAACUGUACAAUGUGUUCAUGAAGUACGAUGCCUCCAUGCUCGAGAUCAACCCCAUGGUGGAGGACUCAUCAGGCAUGGUGAUGUGCAUGGACGCCAAGAUCAACUUUGACUCCAACGCAGAGUACCGCCAGAAGAAGGUGUUUGAUAUGCAGGACUGGACCCAGGAGGACCCCCGGGACCGGCAGGCUGCCAAGGCUGACCUCAACUACAUCGGCCUGGAUGGAACCAUCGGCUGCCUGGUAAAUGGAGCAGGUUUGGCUAUGGCCACCAUGGACAUUAUCAAGCUGCACGGUGGCACGCCAGCCAACUUCCUGGAUGUAGGAGGAGGAGCCACAGCCCAUCAGGUGACUGAGGCCUUCAAACUCAUCACCUCUGACAGGAAGGUUCAGGCCAUCCUGGUCAACAUCUUCGGAGGCAUCAUGAGGUGUGAUGUCAUUGCCCAGGGUAUCAUCAUGGCAGUGCUAGACCUGGACCUCAAAAUCCCCAUUGUAGUGCGGUUACAAGGGACAAGAGUGGAUGAUGCCAAAGCUCUGAUAGCUGCCAGUCCACUGAAAAUCCUGGCCUGUGAUGACCUGGAUGAAGCCGCCAAAAUGGUUGUAAAGCUUUCUGAAAUCGUCUCACUGGCUAAGGAGGCUCAAGUGGACAUCACCUUCCAGCUGCCCAUCUAAGAAACCUCCAUCCUGACGUCUGUGACCUCCUCACCCCAAACGCUUCCUCUGCCACCCACCCAGGACACACUCACAGCGGCCCGCCACCCCUCCCCCGCCCCCUACUCCAACAUCUCUGAGACACUUAGUUUUUUUUCUCUUUCCUAGUCUGUGGCAUGGUGGCAUGACUGUAUGCAGACGACCAACACAAACAGAGAGAGCAUAGCCUCCUUUUUAGUCACACUGCAGUCUCCAUUUCCUGUCUCCACCCUCACCCUCCCUCUACGUUUCCUCAAACCUACAAGCUUAUGUUGCACUUGAGUCGAUACGCACAAACCUCCACCUUCAAACCCCCCCCUCUACUCCUCUUUCACUCACCUCCACACUCUGAGAGGGAGACAUGUAGGGAACCAGUCUGUUUACUUUGGUACUUGUUGGGAGAACUUCCCUCACUCCGUCUAAAUAAAUAAAAACACUUUUUGGUUUGAUUUCAGAGUCAGACAUGAUUAAUUUUUUUCACUUGAAUUAAAAGGAAUCAUUUUUGGUCAGGAGUCAGAGUUGCUGCAGAUCAGUGCUGUUAACAAAAGCAUGGCUAGAAGGCCGAUGAACAAGCCCUCUAGUUUCAUAAAUACACACACAUAGAUUUGCAUGAGUGCCUUUUGAGUGUGUAAACAGGAAUGUAAGAAAAUAAAGAACGGACGUGUUCAUCUAUGCAGAACUUUGACACAUUUCAUCAAACAAGCUGAAGUGCUGCAAACACACAGAACUACACACUGUAAAAGAAAUGAAUGCACUGAUCUGUGGUGUCAUUGGAGGUAAUGGCCUCAAUUCUCUUCUUAAUAACAGAACAAAAAAUAACUGCAAAGCACUGACUUUGUUAAUAGUGUUGAGACAUCUUCAGAUGAUGUGCUGUUCUUCCCUGAAGGUCCCUCAGAAUCAUUUCUUGACUUGCUCGAGGCAGAAGUGUUCAUCAGCUGUGCAGCUCUGGUCAUACAGCCGUUACGUUAUAUUGUGACUGAUAAUAAAAACCCUUCUUACUGAAUGCCAGCUUAAUAUAUUCAAUGCUCUAGUGCUAUUUCAGACUAAAGGUAGAGCUGACUGAACAUUAAAUUAAUGACGCUGUGAUUUCACAUUAAAAAAAGCAGGCCCAUCUCUUUUUUGAUGCACAUAUCACUGUGCACCUUUAUGCCACCUUCUCUCUAUCAUCACAACAUUGGGAGAGGUCUGUAGACCCUGUGCUGCUGACGUGAAGCAGACUGUGUUAUGUUAGCCAGUGGGGGGGAAGUGGAUGUGAAGUGCAGGAUGAUGCUCAUGAGUUAGAACAACUGAACAGAGGAAGCUUUAAAACUGCCCCGUCUUCUGCUUUAUUGUGUGUUUGUGUGCAGGUUUACGUUGGAGGCAGCCAUUGUAGAAGUCCAAGAUUUAAACUAAACUACUGCAGCACUUAAGCUUCAUCCCCUCAGAGUGUUUCUUUUUCUUUUUUUCUUGGAUGUUGAAAGUUACAAGCUAUGGACUGUUAAUGACUGGAGACACUGGAGCUUUGUGUUUCUCUUUAUUUAUUGGGUUCUACUGUAAUCCCCUUCAAUGAAGAAGUUGCUGCUUCAGGGUUGAGCAGGAACCUCUGCAGUGGUUCCUCUGUGUUCUGAUCUGCCAUCAUGCCACACAGUGGUAGCCAUUAUGUCUCAGCUCUUUUGUUUCUGUAUGUAAUGUAAUGGCAAACCACGUGGUCUGCAGGACAGUAAGAUGACUGUAGUUUUUGUUUUUCUUCCUCCUCCUCUACUUCCACUUUUCCUCUCCUCCCUUCUCCUCCUCCUCCUUCAGCGCUCCGAACACAAGCAGACAUUGUGAGUUGUACGUCAUUUAUUAUAUCUUGUAAAUAACCAAACCGAUGUUCUCAAUCUGUAAAAUAUUUAUGCUCCCCUCAAGGAGUAUGACAAAGGAAGAAAAUAAAUAAAUACAGAGAACAUCA